UUAAAUUUGCCUUUUCGUUUAAACGGUAAUAACGUAAAAUUAUUAAAAAAUGUUUUAAGAUUUAACUUUUUGGAUAGCCUUACGAACGCGAAAUUGGGCUUUAAUAAGCUUUUUAAAAAGCUUCGGUAUUGUUUUAAAAAAUCGCUGGUAAACGCAUAUCGGUAUACGGGGGUUAACGGCAUAGUUUUAAUAUACUUAACAACCAAAAUAACGGCCACAAAAUACCGUACGCUCCGUAUAAUUGUUUUUAAAAAAGGGCAAAUAAAUAAAGUUUUAAUUAUUGCUUUAUUAAAAAUCGAUAAUUUUUUGCAACGGGAACGCGUUGCGGAUAUUUAUGUAAAACAAAAAAAAAGCAAUGUUCGUUUUAAAAACAAAUUUAUUAAAAUUAAAAGCGUUGCGGCGGCGUUCGUUGCGCGCUUUACGCUUUUUUUUGGCGGAAGUUUUUUUGCCGCGGCGGUUAAAACCCGCCGGGGGGUUACCGGCAAAACGCUUGCGGAAAUUUUAAAGGAUUGCAAGCGUAAAAGGGCCCGAUAA